AUGGCGACCGAGGAGAAAGAAAUCGACUACUCUCUGGCCAACCCGGAUACCUUGACCAAGUACAAGACCGCGGCACAGAUCUCUGAGAAGGUCCUUGCUGCCGUCAAGGAGCUCUGUGUUGCCGGCGCGAAGAUUGUCACAAUCUGCGAGAAGGGUGACAAGCUCAUUGAGGAGGAGGUUGGCAAGGUCUACCGUGGCAAGAAGAUCAACAAAGGCUUCUCCCACCCGACUACGAUCUCCCCGAGCUCCUAUGUCACUCCUUACACCCCUCUGACCUCGGACGAGAGCGAGGCAUCCACCGAACUCCAGCCCGGUGAGCCUGUCAAGAUCCAACUCGGCGCUCAGAUCGACGGGUUCGGUUCGAUCGUCUGCGACACAAUCCUCGUUCCCUCCGAAGACAAGCCACAGGAUGUCAUCUCUGGCAAGCCAGCUGAUCUCAUCUUGGCGACAUACUAUGCCAACGAGCUGCUCCUGAGACUGAUGAUCCCCCCUGGAUUGUUGGCUACUGGCAGUGAUGAGGAGAAGGCGAAGGCGGCAGCUGCCAAGGCCCCUACGCAGACCAAGAUCAACAGCCUGUUGGAGAAGGUAGCCAAGGCAUAUGAUGUCAACCUUGUCGAGAGCACAACUUCAUGGGUAUUCGAGCGCAACGAGAUCGAGGGCAAGAAGAAGAUCGUUCUAGCUCCCGGUGAGGGUUCCAAGGGUGACGGUGUCCCCGAGAUCGGCGAGGUCUGGGGAGUCGAGGUGGGCAUGAGCUUGGGAUCAGGCAAGGUGAAGCAGCUGGAGCAGCGAGCUACGCUGCACCGUCGUACUACUACAACCUACGGCUUGAAGCGACCCACGUCGAGGAAGAUCCUAUCUGAGGUGCAGAAAAAGUUCGGCACCUUCCCCUUCAGCUUGAGGCAGCUCGAGGAUGAGAGGGAUGCCAAGUCUGGUGUCGUGGAGUGCGUUCGUGGCAAUGUCUUCCGUCAGUACGAACUGGUCGGUGACAAGGACGGUGCACCGGUUGCCCGCCUUUUGACAACCAUUGCGAUCACCAAGAACGGCAUCACAAAGCUGGGUAGCGCCCCAGCUCUGGACCUCAGCAAGUUCAAGACCGACAAGAAGAUUGAGGACGAGGAGAUCCUGAAGAUCUUGGAGCAACCGCUCGCCCGAAACACGGGCAAGAGCAAGUCCAAGAAGAAGAAGAAGCCUGCUAAGAAGGCGGUCAAGGAGGAGUCCGAUGAUGAGGACGACAGUGACGAUGAGUAG